AUGUCUCAUAACCCUGCGUCCAUAUUAUUGUUUACUGUUCAAGGCUUAUUGGCUUCCUUGACAUGCGGACUUUGUUGUUAUCUUUAUUCCUAUUGUUAUAAUGGUAGAUUUUUUAAGAAUGGGAGAGGAUCUAAUAGAAAUAAUAAGAAGAGAAGUAUUUCAAGCGUUGAAGGAGAUUUUCCUAAUAGUAAAAAAUGUAAGAAGGGACAUAUAAAUCAUGAAUGCAGUAAUAAUAAAGAAGAAAAUAAAAUUUUAAUAAAAGAAGAUGAAUAUGAAACAUAUGAUACAUAUAAAACACAUGAUAUAUAUAAAACAUAUGAUACAUAUAAAACACAUGAUAUAUAUGAAACAUAUGAUACAUAUAAAACACAUGAUAUAUAUGAAACAUAUGAUACAUAUAAAACACAUGAUACAUUUAAAACACAUGAUACAUUUAAAACAUACGAUAAAUAUGAUGGAUAUAUUUUACCUAACGAUGUAACAAAAUAUGAUUCAAAUUAUUUAGAGAACCUUUUAAAAGAAAAUAAUAAAGUUUCUUUAAUAUCAGAAAGAAGAGAACAAAUAAUAAGAGAUAUUAUUAAUGAUUAUAAAAAUAUUACUACUACAUAUAAUAUAAAUAUUCAAGGAGAUAAUAAUAUAUAUAAUUAUUAUAAUAAAUAUGUACUACCAUAUUUCUUGAAUAAUAAUGAAAAUGAUAUAUAUGAUGAAGACAAUUGUAAAGUUUUAAAUCCCUAUGAAAAAAUUGAUAAACAUUUUGAUGAAAAAUUAAAAGAAUUCAAAUACAAAAUGAUUCAGGAACAAAUCGACAAUUAUUUUCAUGAUGUACAUGAAAAAGAUCAUAAUAAUGUUAAUUCCUCAAAUUUAAUUGUAGAAAAGAAUUUAUUACUUAAUAAUAAUAAUAAUAAUAAUAAUAAUAAUAAUUGUGUAUAUCAUAAAGAAAGUACACCAUAUAAAAAUAAUAACAAUUUACAUAAUCAAGUAAAUACACCACGUGACGAAGGAUAUAAACAUAAUAAUAAUUAUUAUAAUAAUAUAAUUAAUGAGAAUAUGUAUUUUAAACAAAAAGAUGACAAAAAUAUUGUGCUAACACAAAAUAUGAAAAACAACCAUCAUAAUUAUUCCGAUAAUAAUAUUUCAACCCAUGAAAAAAACUAUAAUCUUAUACAUGAACAAACAAAUAAAAAUAGCCAAGAAAAUAAAUCUUUAGAAGAAAAUAAGAAAAAUAACCUACAUCCUUCAAAUGUUCAUAAAGAUAAAUGCAACAUUAAAAAUGAUGUAUCAGAUACAUCAAAUGAACAAAAAUUUGUUUUGAUUAGGAGUAAUGAAAAGGAGGAAAUUAAUAAUAAUAUCAUAAGAGAAGAUAUUAUUAAGGAGGAUAUAAAAGAAGAUAUUAUUAAGGAGAAUGUAAAAGAAGAUAUUAUUAAGGAGGAUAUAAAAGAAGAUAUUAUUAAGGAGAAUGUAAAAGAAGAUAUUAUUGAGGAAGAUAUAAAAGAAGAUAUUAUUAAGGAGAAUGUAAAAGAAGAUAUUAUUGAGGAAGAUAUAAAAGAAGAUAUUAUUAAGGAGGAUGUAAAAGAAGAUAUUAUUAAGGAGAAUGUAAAAGAAGAUAUUAUUGAGGAAGAUAUAAAAGAACACAUUAUUGAGGAAGAUAUAAAAGAACACAUUAUUGAGGAAGAUAUAAAAGAACACAUUAUUGAGGAAGAUAUAAAAGAACAUAUUAUUGAUAAGUGUGUCGAACAAGAUAUAAUCAAUAGGAAUAUUUCUAAUGAAAUAAAUAAUUCAUACCUUUUAAAUGAAAAUAUUGAUAAAAUUAAGACAUCGAAGGAGGGCUCACAUGAAGAAAGACCUAGAACGGUACUUAAGCAAAUACCAGCAAAUAUAUCAUGUUGUCCCAUUAAUAGUAUUGAACAAGAGAAAUACAAUAAUGAUGAUUCUUUGAAAAGUACAUUAAGUUGUUCUGUUAAUAAUAACAACAUGAAAAAAAAAACAACCCUUAAAUUGUCAGAGCCGAGUGAAGAAGUAAAUAUGAAUAAACAAAAAAAAGAAAAUGAAACAGAAAAAAUAAAGGGCAAUAAAAUUGAGUGUGAAAGAAAAAACAGAAGAGUAAGUGAACAAAUUGAUGAUAAUGAUAAUAAUAAUAAUAAUAAUAAUAAUAAUAAUAAUAAUAAUAAUAGUAAUAAUAAUAAUAAUAAUAAUAAUAAUAAUAAUAAUAAUAAUAAUAAUAAUAAUAAUAAUAGUAAUAACAAUUUUAAUAGCAAUAAUAAUGUUGUAUUACCUAAUAAUAAUUAUUUAUUAAAUAAUAAAUUAUGUAUUCCCAUAGAUGAUGAAUAUAUAAAAAAGAUACGAAAUGAACAAACAGAUACUUUUCUACAAAAACUUAUUAUGGAAUAUUAUGAUGAAAGAAAAAGAAGAACAUUUUUUGAUGACACAAUCAAGGGAAAUAUAUAUUACGUGAAUGAUUAUGAAGAAUAUAGAGAAGAAUUUGAAUCAAAUAGAACAAAAAUCGGAGAUUUACAAAACUUUGAUAAAUUCAUAUUACCAAAUCAAUUUAUUCUUUCGAGCAAUGAAACAGAUAUUAAUGAAAAUAAAUAUAAUGAUAUAAAAUCAAGUAACACAAAAAAUAAUGAUCAACAAAACAAAAAUGUAAAUAAGCACAAUAACAAUAAUAACAAACUUAUCCAUAUUACAACCCUAGAAAAUAAUAAUAAAAAUGUAACUUUAAAAGAAGGUCAACAUAUUCAUAUUUCAAAAGAUUCAAUGCAUAUAAGUAAUAAGAAAAACAUAAAACAUACAGUAGAAUGUGAUGAAGAUAACUUUUUAUCUUAUAAAAAUAAAAUAAAGAAUGACAUAUUACAAGAGUUGGUAAACAAAAGUUUUAAUUCUAACAGUAUAAAUGAUAUAUAUAAUAAUAAAGAAAAUAAAAUUGAACUUAACGAUUCUCAUUUGAAACAUUGUGAGGUAAAUAUUAGCAAUAAUAUGAGAGAAUAUAAUCAAUCAAGAAAUAUGGAACAUGUAAAUGUCCUUGUUCAUAUGAAUAAUAACAAUGACAAAGAUAAAAAUAAUAAUGAAAGAAAUAAUAAUGUGUGUAAUUUAAAAAAUAUAAGUAGUUUUAAUGUGAAUACUAUGAAUAAUAUGAUCAACAAUAAUAAUAAUAAUAAUAAUAAUAACAUAAAUUUUAAUAGUCCAAACAAGUAUUACAAUUUUAAUAAUAUUAACGGAGAAUUCAGUUUAAAUGAUGAUAGAAGGAAUAAAGGAAAUAUUCCUUUUGAUAUGAAUCUAACAAAUGACAUCAGCAAAAAUAAUAAUAAUAAUAACAAUAAUAAUAAUAAUAAUAACAAUAAUAAUAAUAAUAAUAAUAACAAUAAUAAUAAUAAUAAUAAAAUUAUGGAUACAAGUUUAAAAUCCAUGAGGGCUGUAUCCUUAUCAUCUUUGCAAAAAUUAAUUCUAGAACAUAACAAAAUAUUAAGAGAAAAGCAUAAUCAUAAAAUAACACAAAUAGGAAAUCAGGAUAAUUGCAUAUUCAAAAUAAGUGAAUCAGCUGAAUCCGAAAAUGAAAAUAAUGAACAUAAUAAUAAUAAUAAUUUAAAUAUUAUUCAUUCUAUUAAUAAUACAAACAAUAUACAUUUCCCUAAUAAUAAAGUGAAUACCUUUGUUUCUAACAAAACGAAUGUGAAUAUGAAUAAUAUAACAAAUAUCAAUAUGAAUAAUGUAAUAAAUAGUAUCUUGAAUAAUGCAGCAAAUAAUAAUAUGAAUAAUGCACCCACAAAUGUUAUGCACAAUACAUCAAAUAGUUUAAUGAAUAAUGCACCCACAAAUGUUAUCAACAAUACAUCAAAUAGUUUAAUGAAUAAUGCACCCACAAAUGUUAUCAACAAUACAUCAAAUAGUUUAAUGAAUAAUGCACCCACAAAUGUUAUCAACAAUACAUCAAAUAAUUUAAUGAAUAAUGCACCCACAAAUGUUAUCAACAAUACAUCAAAUAGUUUAAUGAAUAAUGCAGUUAGUCAAUUGAUAAAUAAUGGGACCAAUCAUAUGAUAAAUAAUGGGACCAACCAUAUGAUGAAUAACAUACUGAACAGUCUUAUUAAUAAUAACAAUAUGAUGAUGAUGAAUAUUCCUGUAGAUAUAGAUAAAAAUUCAAAAGUUUUCAAGAAUAUAGAAAACGAAGAACCUGUAUUACAAAAUUUGUCAGAUAUACAGAAGUUGUUAUUACAUAAAGGUUCCAAUCCAUAUAUGUUUAAUAAUUUACGUAUUUCAAAUAAUUUAAAUAAUGAUAAAAAUUCAAAUGUAAAUUCAUUUAUAAAAAUGAAUAAUGUUGGUGAAAACAUAAGCACAUGUCAACACAAUAACAAUAAUUAUAUGGUUAACAUAACAACAAGCCAACCACGUUAUAAUUGUAUAAACAGAUAUAAUGUACCUAAAGAUUAUGAAGAAAACAAAGAUAUAAAUAAAAAAAGUAACGUAAUAAAAAAGGUAGAUAACGAGAAAUGUUAUACUAUUGAUGAGAAAUAUGGUGGACCUUAUAAUAAUUGUGAAAAUGUUAAUGAUAUGAAGCAUAGAAGAGGGAAUAGUAAUUGUAGUAAUACAAACAAUAAUAAGGAUAAUAAGGAUAAUUAUGGUAAUUAUGGUAAUUAUGAUAAUUAUGAUAAUAAUAAUAAUAAUUACAUGAAUUACCAUAAUAACAAUAUUAAUGAUUAUGCAAAUCAUCAUUUUAACAAACAACACGUAAAUACAAUUCGCGAAGGUUUUGAUACCUAUAUUUUAAUAGACGAUGAUAAUGAUAAUGAUACAGAUAUUUCUACAGACAAAAGAAAUAACCCUUUAAAUCGCAAUAAUAAAAAAAUGAACCUAAAAUGUAAUUUAAAUAAAUUACCUAAUAUCACUAAUAAUGAAAAACAUAAAAAUGAAAAGAAUAUAUCAAGAACCAAAUAUGUAUGCUUGGGUUUAAAAAGAAAUUCUAGAGAAAAUAUUCAUCACAUGAACAAUGAAGAAAAUGAAAUAAAUUUAGAAAUGAUCAAUGAUUAUCAUCAAAAUAAACAAGUUAAAGAUAUUAUAUCUACAUAUAUUCAUACGUCCAAAAUACAAUAUGAAACAAAGAAAGGGAAAGAUAUUUCUAAUAAUAAUUAUAUGAAUGUACAGAAAAUACAAACAACUCAUGGAAACUAUCCACAUAAAAUAGGGGACAUAAAUAUACAAGAAAAUUAUAGAAAUGUAGUUCAAAAUAGAAACAUGAACAAUAAUUCAAGCUUUGCUGAAAAUAUAGGACGUAUAUUAACACGAUCUAGUAGUCAACAGAAGGAUAUACAUGCCUUAGAAAAAGAAAUAGGAAAUGUACAAAAUGACAAGUCAAUUUAUUAUAAUAACACAGUGAAUAGAUGGAAUGAUGAAGUAGUAUUUAUUUGUACAAAUGAAAAUGAAGAUAAAAAUGAUUCAGCAAAUUCACUGAGAAAAGAAAAGAAAAAUGGUACCUUGUUAUAUGCUAAAGAAAAAGAAGAAGAAAAUAAUACGGAGACUCAAAAUGUUAGAAGAAGUGUUAGAUUGCACAACAAGAAAGUAAAAAAUGAAACAAAGAAUAGAGAAAUUGAAAAAAAAAAUAAUAUAUCAAAUAAUAAUAGAUCAAAAAAUAAUAGAUCAAAUAAUAGUAAAUCAAAUAAUACUAGAGCAAAUAAUAACAGGACAAUUGAUAACGAACCUGUUGUGAAAGAAUCUAUUGUAAACGAAUCUGUUGUGAAAGAAUAUGUUGUGAAAGAAUAUGUUGUGAACGAAUCCAUUACGAACGAAUCCAUUACGAACGAAUCUAUCACGAACGAAUCUAUUACGAACGAAUCUAUUAUGAACGAAUCAAUUACGAGUGAACAAAGUAAUAAGUCCAUUGAAAAAAAUUCAUUUGAAAAAAGCUAUUCUGUUGAAGUGGUUUCAUUAAACGAUAGUACCGAUAUAAAUGAAAACCCUAGAAAUUUAGAAAAUAAAAAUGCUCCAUUAAAAAAUGUAAAAAUGUUUGAAAAGAAGGUGUCAGAAACACCCGCAAUGGAAUUAAGGCUUUCAAAAAAACAUAGUCUUUUAAAAAAGAGAGAGAACUUAGAAAUGCUACAUCAGAAAUGUAAUGAAAUUGAUGAAAAUAAAUGUGCAUCAGGAUUUGUAAAUUAUAUAUUACAAAAUAUUCAGAAAAGAGAUGGUAAAGAAACAUUUGAUGAUUUAUUAAAUUAUAUAUUAAAAUUAAAAGAAAUAUAUAAUAUGUCAACAAUGGAUUUUAUAGGCGCCUUCUUGAUAUUAGAGUCAUUCAAUUUAAAUAUUAUAAAUGAAUAUCCAUUACGUGAAUGGAUACUAGUUACAUUUCAUUAUAUAAAAGGAAUGAUCACCUUACAGAAUAUUAAAUUUAUAAUUAAAUCAUUAGAUUUAAAUCAUUUAAUUAUUAGUAAUAUAACAGCUGCAUUCUAUAUGAAUAUUAAACCUAUUAAAGUAGAUGAAGAAAAUAUAGAACGUGUACUUAAUCUCUUAUCAGAAGUUGUCAUAAGAAGAUCUUCUCGAUUUAAACUUCUUAAAACAGAUACUGAAAAGCAAAAUCAGCAGGAUGAAAAAUUAGGAUCCUGCUGGCAACCAGUUCACACAAUAAAAGAUUCAUAA